CAGGGAGGUCUCUGAUUUGCCUGCGUAGUAGGCACGCCCCUUUACACGUCUCCCCGUUACGGUCAACGAUGGCGACAACGGGGGAAAUCGUGGCUGAGGACCUUCCGGCAGCACAGAGCCUUUUGACCAAUCUUCAGGAUCAGGUGACAGCAGUUACUGCACACAUAAAAAACCUAACACAGAAGGUCCGUAAUGGCGUUUAUCCGACCGAGAAGGGUUUAAGCUUCUUGGAGCUGAAGGAUCAGCUGCUUCUUCUGUAUCUGCAGGAUCUAACCCAUCUCAUCCUGGAGAAGACAUGUGGGAAACCUAUACAAGGAAAUCCAGGGAUUAUGCGAUUGGUAGAGAUACGCACAGUGUUAGAGAAGAUGCGCCCAAUCGAUCAGAAACUGAAAUACCAAAUCGAUAAACUGGUCAGAGCUGCUGUGACGGGGAGCCUAGGGGAGAAUGACCCUCUGAAUUUCAAACCCAACCCUCAGAAUCUAAUCAGUAAGCUUGAAGAGUCUGCUGAAGAGUCAGAUGGUGAAGAGGAAGGUGAAAAUGGGGCAGCCAAGAAAUCUCAGAGCAAAAGCAGAAAAUACAUUCCCCCGCGGCUUGCACCUGUGCAUUAUGAUGACACAGAGGUGGAGAAGGAACGCAGACUUCUGGAGCGUGCAAAGAAACGAGCUUUAAGCAGCUCUGUUAUACGGGAACUGAAGGAGCAGUAUACAGAUGCUCCAGAAGAGAUACGAGAAGGCAGAGCAUAUCAUAUGAUGCGACAUGAAAGAGAAGAGCAGCACCGGACUAACUAUGAGGAGUCCAUGAUGGUCCGUCUGAAUAUGACACGACAAGAAAAGGCACGGAAGAAGAGAGUGAUUUCCAUGACAUCCCAGCUCAACUCUCUCACCCACUUCACGGAUAUCAGUGCACUGACCGGAGGUGAAGGGAGAUCUGAGGACUUGGUACCGUCGGGUAAGAAAUCAAAAAAGGGCCCCAAGAAAGGGAAGAAAAAGAGAGGUUUCCGGAAACGUUAAGUUCUGACAGCACAGAGUACCACUGGUCCAAUCUUAUAUCACUGUUUGGCCAUUUACCAGAUCUG